UAUUAUUCUUGAAGAUAUUAUUUUGUAAUAGGUACCUAUAAGUCGUUCAUAGCUCCAGUGUUAGCGUAUUCUUUCAUUGUCAUAUUUUUACUAUUUCUUCAUCGCAGUAUUGUAAAUCUUAAACAGUAGUUUAUAUUAUACAAACAGUGGCGAGGUGUUAGGCCAUAUCAUUUUUGUGUUCUGUACCUAUAACUUCGCUUGUUCGUUUGGAUUUUGAUCAUACGUAUAUAAAGCGCCCAGUAUGAUUCAUCGUGAGUGCGCUACGCAUAGGUAUCUCUAUCUCGAAAUCACAUCGUGCGAAAAAAACAUUUAAUUUAAUUUUACGAUCAACUUUUUAUUUAUUUUUUUUAUGCGUCUCAAAAAAUUAUAACAUCUCAUAUUUUAUAUAAAUAUGUUCGGUUUUGUGAAUUUUGUGAUCGUGUUAAGUGUGGCGACUUAUGCCAAAGUGUUCGCCGCGAAGCAGAGUGCUCCUCACAUAGUUUUUAUGUUGGCUGAUGAUCUGGGUUGGAACGACGUCAGCUUUCAUGGUUCAAACCAAAUAAACACUCCCAACAUCGAUGCACUGGCAUAUGACGGAAUAAUCCUAAACAAUCAUUACAGCGAAUCUUUGUGUACACCGUCUCGGUCGGCAUUGCUUACUGGAAAAUAUCCUAUUCAUACCGGGACUCAACAUAAUGUGAUACUAGAGCCUGAACCAUGGGGGUUACCAUUGAAUGAAAUAUUACUGCCAGAACAUUUAAAUAAAUUAGGCUAUGCUUCUCAUGCUGUGGGUAAAUGGCAUUUGGGUUACUUCAAGAAAGCAUACACACCAACAUAUAGGGGUUUCAAAAGCUUUUAUGGUUUCUGGAAUGGAUAUCAAGAUUAUUAUACACAUAUGGUCCAAGCAACUUUUGCAUCUUUUGAAGGGUUUGAUAUGAGACGCGAUUUAAAUCCUGACUGGUCAAGUGUUGGGAAAUAUUCAACACAUUUAUUCACCAAGGAAGCCACUGAUAUCAUAUCGAAACAUAAUAAUUCUGUGCCCUUGUUUUUGUACCUAGCCCAUUUAGCUCCACACGCAGGCACUUACGAAAAUCCAUUACAAGCACCCCAAGAAGAUAUAAAUAAGUUUCAGUCGAUCAAAGACAAGAACCGCCGUAAAUAUGCUGGAAUGAUGAAAAACCUUGAUGAUUCGGUAGCUGAAGUGUUUAAUGCAUUACAUGCAAACAAUAUGCUUGAUAAUACAAUUUUUGUAUUUGUGUCGGACAAUGGAGCUCCAACUAAUGGUAUCCACAGAAAUCAUGGUUCCAAUUGGCCGUUAAAAGGAGAAAAAGCUACACCCUGGGAAGGUGGCAUUCGAACUGCAGCAUUCGUAUGGAGUAAAUUAUUAGCAAAAAAGAAAACACUCCCAAAUCAACUAAUGCAUAUUUCUGAUUGGUUACCUACAUUAUACCAGGCAGCAGGUGGUAAUACUCAAGAUCUAGGAGCGAUUGACGGUAUUAGUAUGUGGGAAUCAUUUUCAAAUAAUAAAAAAUCUCCAAGAAAACAAGUAUUGCAUAAUAUCGAUGACAUUACUGGUUACGCGGCAAUCAGAGAUACUAACUUCAAAUACAUAAAAGGAAGUACAUUCUUAGGUUAUCUUGAUUAUUGGUCAGGAUCGUUGUCCCCGAGUGCACAACUUUAUAAUAUUGAUGCUGUAUUGAACAGCACUACGGCCGGCAUACUUUCACAGAUAAACGGGGAUCGUUUAACGCCAUCUUUGAUUGAAUCACUCCGCAAUAAUUCGACUGUACGGUGCGAUUUCGAGAAAGACACGAGACCAUGCAAGCCGUUUAUUAAACCAUGUUUAUUUCACAUUGUCAAAGAUCCUUGUGAACUGGUUAAUUUGAACUACAAACCAAACAGCAAAAUGAGAAAGUUUGUAGAAGCGAAAAUUGACUAUUUCGAGACAUCUUUGAGAAAAUUUAGAGAAUCUGCAUCGAAGCCUAUGAACGUGAGAGGUACCAAAGAUGCAAAUCCUGCUUUGUACAACAAUACGUGGAUCAAUUGGGAUGAUUAUCAACAUAGUAUUUGAAUAAUUGAUUCAACAUGUUCGCGUUUAAAUUAUAUUUGAAUUCAAAAUUGAAAAAUUGUCAGACUUUAAUUUAAUUAUAUUUUAUUUAUAUUAUUCUUAUAAGUUAUACAAAUCAAACAUCAAUAAACAUAUCUAUACCUAAUAAAUAUCAAAAUAUAUAUAUUGAGUAUUUGCUUAUGGCUAUCUAGUAUCUAUUUAGGUAUUAGUAUACAAAACAUAUAUAUAUAUAUACGCUCAAACUUUAAAACAACUUUCACUAAAGUAAAUUAUAUAGUUAGGUACACCAUAAGCAUAAGAAUUAAAAAUUAUGUUCUUUUUAUUAGUCCUAAGAAAAAUUUAUUACAUAAAUUGUAUUGUUUAUUUAAUUGUUUAAGUAUAUUUAUAGCAUAAAUUAUAUAGUGGUGUGUUAAGGUGAAAUUGGGCAUUGUUAUUUAUUAGAAUAAACUAAAUUACAAAACUACAAGUUAUAAAAGUAAAUAUUAUGUAUACUCUGAGACGAGUGAGGCCACUAACCCCCUACGGCUCCAUAUUAUCUUGACAAUAUAUCUAUUAUUUUUUUAAUCCAGAUUUUUAAUUUUUACAUAUUUUUUGACAAGUACGAAUUAUAACAGAGGUGCUCAACAUUUUACUUCAGCAGGCCAUUAUAGUGAAAUAUUGCUUUUGUGCGUACCACCAAUAAUUGAAAUAAAAAUGUUGGUAUUUAAAUUUAAAUAUCUAUGCAAUAA